UAUUCUCUCAUGUUUGUUUGUUUCUCACUUUAUACAAAUCUCUCUUCUUCCUUCUUCAUACCACUUUCUUCUUCUUCCUCAAGCGUCUAAACUCUAUUGUCUCUUUGCUUUCAAGCCCAGAGAAAUUCCCCAGUUUCGAUCGAUAAUGGCGGAGCAAACCUCCGAUUCAACAGCUCCUCUCUCCGUCUCUUCCCCUACUGCUCCUAAGAAAGAUAAUACCAAUCCUGUUGAUUCGAAGCUCACGGAAUUGAAUGAAUCGAGAGCUGAGUUGCUAAACAGGAUCCAGAAUCUGAAACAGGACUUGCAAAGUUGGAGAGGUAAAUUGGACACACAAGUUAAAGUCUACCGUGAGGAGCUCUCUGGGCUAAAGAAGACUCUGAAUCUUGAAGUUGAGCAGCUUCGUGAGGAAUUCAAAGAUCUGAAAACCACCUUAAAUCAGCAGCAAGAUGAUGUUUCUGCUAGCCUCAAAAGCUUAGGCCUACAAGAUUCAAAAGAGCAAAUGGAAAAGAGAAGUGAGGUGACAGAAGAGAAAGUGGAAGCUCUAUCGACUGAUGACAAUGCGAAAGCAGCAGAGCAUUAGAUGAUAUGAAAAUGUUUGUUCUUAUGAUCUUGUCGCUACUACUACUAUUACCACUACCUUGAGUCCUUGACAUUGUACUAGUAUUGCUUAAUAUGUAGUUCCGCGGUUUAGUUGAUUCUAAUGAUGCACCAUGACACAACGGUUUGCAGCA